UCCUUUUUCUUGGACUGUGACCUUCACAAGUGUUUCUUGGCUUUCUAUGUUUUUAAAAAUUUAGUAUUAUUAUUUUUCUACUCCCCUAUCCAGUUGGACUGACAGGCCAUCAGGAACUAGAAUUGAGUAAUUGCCCUUCAGCUCUUCAGACCAGAUGCUGAAAUACUAUGAGAUAAAGAUUUUGGGUUUCAAUUGUAAAGAGAGGGAAGUGGACAAAUCAGAGCUGCCUUCUUUACAAUCAAAGAAGUAUGGAGCAGCUAGAUGGCUUUCCUGAUCAACUGGAGGACCUGGAUUCCUAUUCAGAAUCUGUGAAAUUUGAUGCUCGCUCAAUGACAGCACUGCUUCCUCCCAAUCCAAAAAAUGGCCCUGCCCUUCAAGAGAAACUGAAGUCCUUCAAAGCUGCACUAAUUGCCCUUUAUCUCCUUGUGUUUGCAGUUCUCAUACCUAUCAUUGGAAUAGUGGCAGCUCAUCUCCUGAAGUGGGAAAUGAAGAAUUGCACAGUUGAUCCAAUUAAUGCAAAUGAUAUAUCUCAAAGUCUGGGACAAAGAAAUGGCACUGAAGCUAAAAUGAAAUUUCAAGAAUUUGUAAUGGAAAGCAUGGUCAACAUGGAGAAGAGAAUCCAAUCUAUUUCAGAUUCAGAAGCCAAUCUCAUAAAUUCAGAACACUUCCAAAAUUUCAGUGUGACAACGGAUCAAAGAUUUAAUGAUAAUCUUCUCCAGCUAAAUAACUUGGUUUCCUCAGUCCGGGAAUAUGAGAAUGCAGUAGGUGAAAUCUCCAAGUCUUUAAUAAAUCUGAAUAGCACCUUACUUGAUUUACAGCUCAAUAUAGAAACAUUGAAUGGCAAAAUUCAAGAGACUACUUUGAAACAACAAGAGGAAAUCAAUAAAUUAGAAGAACGGGUACACAACACAUCAGCAGAAAUUAAGUCUCUAAAAGAAGAACAAGUUUAUGUGCAACAGGAAAUAAAAAGAGAAGUGAAAGUAUUGAAUAACAUCACUAAUGAUCUCAGACUGAAAGACUGGGAACAUUCUCAGACAUUGAGAAAUAUCACUUUAAUUCAAGGUCCUCCUGGACCCCCAGGUGAAAAAGGCGACAGAGGUCCGAUUGGAGAGAGUGGUCGGCCUGGCAUUCCAGGUCCAAUAGGUCCUCCAGGUCAUAAAGGUGAUCGGGGGGCAACUGGCUUUCCUGGCUCAAGGGGACUCCCAGGAUUUACAGGAAAGGCGGGGAGGACAGGAAAUCCUGGACAAAAGGGCCAAAAGGGAGAAAAAGGAAGUGGAAGCACAUUCACAGUGGUGGUCACAUGUGAAGAAGACCCCAGAGGUGACAUCCUCCCUGACUUCUGUUUGCAGAUUAGAGUUUUGUCUAUCAAAUUAAUAUUGCUCAGUCUAAGACAGUUCGGCUGGUGGGCGGUAGUGGGCCUCAUGAGGGCAGGGUGGAGAUCUUCCACAAUGGUCAGUGGGGCACAGUUUGUGAUGAUCGAUGGGAAUUACGUGUUGGACAAGUCAUCUGCCGGAGUUUGGGAUACCAAGGCGUUCAAAGCGUGCACAAGGGAGCUCAUUUUGGACAAGGUACUGGUCCAAUAUGGCUGAAUGAAGUAUUUUGUUUUGGAAGAGAGUCAUCUAUUGAAGAGUGUAAUAUUAGGCAAUGGGGUGUGAGAGUCUGUUCACACUCUGAAGACGCUGGAGUCACUUGUUCUUUAUAAUGUAUUGUGUUUUCAUUCAUAUUUAUGAAAUCUUUGUUGUAAAACGAGUAUUAUCUUUUCCCAUUAAAAUUAGUUUAAUGAAAAUUUAAGGGAUUAAGAGUAUUGUCCAAUGACCAGUAACAUUUUUAAAUAAUCUGAUAAACAUAUUGAACACCUUUAUACUUACUCUAUAUUUAAAACAUUUUAACUCCUCUAGGUUUUUAAAUGGAAUUUUCUAAUGUAAUAACAUUAAAUUAAACACAUUUGACUUUUACGUCUCCUAGAUCACGAAUGUCAAUGAUAAUUGAAAGACACUAAUCACUGGCUCUAAUUUCUGAUACUUUCACCACCAAAUUAUAAUUUUGUCAUUUUAAUCUUCAUUGUAACAUAGUUAAUUGAUUUUAAUUACUUUCUGAAUAAUGGGAGGGUUGAGAAGAUCUCUUUUGUGCCCAGUUGGCAAAAUUCUCCAUUGCAUACAUAUUUUUAAAGGCAGAAUCUUAUCUGAAUAUUAAUAUCUGUAAAUUUAACAUGGGUGUUAGAUAGCAUUACUAAUGAUCUCUUGGCCAUGAUGGAGAACUUAUUUUCAUGGCCAUGUUCUGACUGCUGUUAAUUAUAAACUUAGUUGAAAGGACAUAUAUCGCUGCAUGGUCAGACAACUGGUGGAUCAAAAAUGUUACUUGUCAACAUACAGCUCAGUUUGUUAUGCAUUUUAAUUAAGUUGAAUGCCUAAGUUGUUAUAAUUCUAGGUCACUGUGCUUAAAAUGUAUGUGUGAUUAUUCCAUUUUAACACAUAUAAUGCAAAUGCCUUGAGUGUAGAAGACAGAGAAGUUUUAACUAUUUGUCUUUGGAAUCUUCCAUGAAGUCAGUCAACAUUUAUAAACACAGAAAAGGUGGGGUGUCAGGCAUCUUCAGGCUUAAAAGGACAGUAAUCCAGGGUAUGCUCCCUCAGAAAUAGUCAUCUCAUCCCCAAAGCCAUAUCCUAGAAUAUGAAAACCACCCUUUAAAGUAGCUGUCUACAUGUAGGGCAGAAAGACCAGUGGGUGUCAUUGAAAUUCAACUGAAUCCUUAAAAAAAAAAAAAAAAACCCUUAAUUUUCAACUGUCCUAUCUAUAUUCAACUCAUAGGAAUCUGUGAUUAUAUAAUAAGUUUGUUAGAGAAUUGCUCAACUCUUCUUUCUUUGUGACAAUAAGCAAAAGUAGAGGCUUAAGCCUUUUUAAUCACCUGAGUCUCAGUACCCAUCACUUGAAGAGGCAAAUGUUAUUUUGGAAUUGCAACUGUUGGAAAUAACUUAUUGAAAAUAUAUUUUAUUAUGUUGUGUUCUUCUCCUGUGGACCACUGGCAGUUUUCUCUAUCAGUGUAAUUUUGUAGUUAAGAAAAUGGAUUCUGAAUCUAGACUGACUGUGUCAAACCUUAGUACCAAUUUUGCUAGUUACAAAUUCUGUGUGAUCAGGCCCACUGUCUAUGGAUUUUAUUCACAAGGCAAAUAAGAGGGUUUUAAAGAUAAUCUUUGCAUCAUCAGCCUGCAUGGCAUGUCUGAAAAUUAGUGCCUAUGGGCUGUGAAUAUUAUAUUGCUAUAGAAUAUAUGGAUACUGAUUUCUCACUUGUGUAUAGCUAGUUGUAUUUUUAUUAAGUAAUCUAAAAAUUAUUUUUCUGUAAUUGGGAUGACCUACAAAGCUCAGUCAAGUCUAGAAAAGAAGUUAAUAACACCAAUGUAAUCUGAAGACUUAAUUUACUUUGAAACAGUGAAUUGCAUUAACUCCUUCAAGGAUCCUACAUUUGCAAUUUGAUUUUCAUUUUUUCAAAAGGAACCAGCUGAUCAGAAGCAAUGAAUUUAAUUCAUCUCAUCAUCUAGCAUCAAAAUAAACAUAAAGUGUUUAUUUAGAAAUAAAGGAAGGGAGGCAGGAAGGAAGAAAGAAAAAAGAAGAGGAAAAGGAGAGGGAGAAAGGGGACUUAGAAAAGAGGAACAAUUGACAUUUACAGUCUAAGCAUAUUUCACUUCAAUUAUCUGAAUAGUUUUCAAUCAAAACUUUCAAUUUUUCCCAAACUCAUGAACCAUAACAAAAUAUUAUUCUCAGGUGAAGCAUUGAAUAGCAGUAUGUGCCUGUUACAAAUUAAAUAGUGAUACUUGCUAUUAAGGGGAAAAUGCAAGUUUUAGAGCCUUAAUAAUGUAUUUGUGUUCAGGGUGGCAGUAACGUUUAUGCCAAAACCAAACACAGUCUGGUAACACAAACUUCCCAUCCCUGGCUUACAGUGAUAUCCUAAUUAUCCUUCAGUGGCAAAUGUGUAAACAUUUUUACUAUGUAAUACUAUAUAAAAUACAAUGGUAAAUCACAUCUCCAUAUAUAAAUUUUAUAAGAACACAAAUUAUUGCUUAUAUUUUCAAUUAUGCAUCCAGAUAGAAAAGCAAGUUCUAAGAUGAUAUAUAUGUUAUAUUUAUGUUAAUAUUUAAAUAUCUAAUAAAUUAUUGUUUAUGGAUUCAAACAGGUGGAGUAAAUACACAUAAUCGUAUAUUGGAAUGGUACCAUAACCCCAGCACAGUGAUUACUGCUGAGGUGUAGGGAGGACAACUGAGAUGGGCAAAGUGGGCUUUAGACAAAUCUGUAAGUGUAUGCAGAUGCGAAUAUAACUAUGGAUGCAUAUUUGAAAAUAUAAGAAAGCAACAAUAUCUGUUAUAAGAGUGUCUGGUCCAUUAUUUCUGUAUAUUUAAAAAUUUUAAUAACUAAAGCUAUGAAAGACUUUUUUUACAUAUGCUAUGACAUUAAAAAUAGAGCAAACUCAGCUGCUUGAAA